AGCCCCCUACCCCGAUAUGCAGACUGCAUAAAGAGCUUCAGCCACCCUGGCAAAACCUACAGACCAAAGGCUUGGAAGCAGUGCAAUGAAGAACGUAGCAGCCAGCACAGUCAUCUUGGCCCUGUCCUUGCUCUGCAGUGGCCAUGCGCUUGUGCUCAAGGGGAACAAGAGCGCAGACAAUCAUCUGGUCAGUUGCAGCCUUGAUGCGUCUCAAACGGAGUCUUUCUUCGAUCAAUUGCACACACUCUUCAUCUUUGGCGACUCGAUCUCCGAUACUGGGUUUGAUCCGUCUGGUGACGCUCCCUCGCCUGCGAACCCUCUUGGGAACCCAGAUUUCCCUGGCAGGACGACUGCAUGGGGCCCGAACUGGGUUGGAACGUUGACCAAGGAGUACAGCAAGACGUUGGUCGCCUGGAACUUUGCCAAGUACGGCUCCGUGGUCUACAACGCUUUUCCGAACUCUGAACGACCCGACUUUACCGGUCAGCUGUCGCACUUCAUGACCUGCUGCACCGGGAAAAAACGCAAAGUCAAGUGGACGAGUGAGGAUGCCCUAUUUCUGACAAUGUUUGGACAAAACGACCUGACUGAGCUGAUUGAUCAUCUCUCCACGAACCUGAAGACUGUCCAGGACAUCCAACGUUUUGAAAAGGCUGCUAAGGAUAUGACACUCGACAUUAUGGGCCGCUACAUCGGCAAAUGGGCUACUCUCUACGAAAACGGCGCGCGCAAGUUUGUGGCCAUCACGCCCACAAAGUACAUGGCUGUGCCAGAUACGCUGAAACGUGUCGCUGAUUUCAACGCAGCGCAGGGCAAACUCAUUGCAGACACAUUUCUUGAGGCCUUGACGAAUGUCGCUGCAGAUUUCAACAGCAAGCUCGCAGCACUCAGCCAUCGUUUUAAAAGCAUGAAUCCAGAGUCGACCGUUUUUUACUAUGACGCCACUUUGCUGAUGGACCAGGUCAUUACCAAAACCAGAGUAUCCAGCUACGAAGACAUGGUCCAUUUCUGUCAGUAUUAUAAAGGACUGCCUAUCAACUCAACGACACCAGUAUAUCCAGACCCUCCUUCUCCUGCAGCGUACAAGGCUUGCAAGAAGUUAAAGGUCAACGUGCAUCUGUGGCUUGAUGCUUGGCAUCCAACGUGGCUCUUCCAUAGUAUUUUGGCUGAAGAGAUUCACACGAUGCUAGCGAAGUUCCCUGUCUGAGCACCUCACAGUCGCUAAUCUCCC